AUGGAAGACGCAAAUACAGAAUCAAUGGUUUGUGAACCAGAUAUUCGUGGUGAUAAUCAAUCACGCAUUCGUGGUAAUACAAACUCAAGUAUGCGUGGUGGUACAAGAUCAAUUAUUCGUGGUGGUAAAAAAUCAAGUAUUCGUCGUGAUGAUCGACCAAUUAUUCUCGAGAGUAUGCGUUUAUCAAAAGGUAUAUUAAUACCAACUAAGUUUAUAUUUUAUUUUAUUUUGUUUUAUAUAUUACCUAGACGAGAUAAACCAGAUUAUCACGAUUUAUUCGUCCGAGAAGCGUCUAUUAUCGGUGAUAUCCGUGAUAAGAGAUUCUUCAUGUCAGACUUAUGCAAGUUUGAUAUUAUUCGAACUAUUCGUGGUAUUGAAGCAGUGAAUGUUCAUAUUAUUGACAGAGCUGUGAAUAGUAUCUCAAAACUACCGAAAAUCCCGAAGAAAAAACAAGCAACUGAACAAAAUCAAGUUUCAACUGAUUUCUUCAGAUCCACAAUGUAG